CCUACUCCAUGGACAUUCCUUGUCCUCCGUCAUUCUCUAGCCACCAUAAUAGGUCAUAUAGUUCACCAUUUCCAACGCGUGCGUAGCCAUGCACACUACGAUGAUGUAGUGAGGUUGGAUGAAGAGCUUCAACGCUUUAUGAACAAGUUACCACCACAUUACGCCGUCGAAAACACUGAUACCAGCCUCGACCUCACCCACCCUUAUAUUCCUGUCCAUCGAUUCAUCAUCAUCACCGAAGUCUUCUUUGUCAGGAUCUCUUUACACCGCCCUUAUCUUCUACGCCGUCUUACCUCUGAGAAAUAUGGACUUUCACGAAGGGCAUGUUUCGAAUCCGCGAAGCAAGAGUACAAGAUUCGUCAACAUUUCAAACAAACCAUGCCAGCUGACGUUAUCCGGGCAUUAGGAGGAGCAUAUAGAGAAUUCCAAGCAGCAAUGAUUGCUGGAAUAGGUCUCAUGCUAGAUCCUGUGUCUCCCGACGCAGCAGAGUUACACGAAAUUCUGGAUGGAUUCCUCCGGGAUCAUGAAGGCCUUCAUGAAACCGAUGCUACUACCCGCAGGGAAAUGAAGAUCAUAGAGUUUCUGAAGAAGAAAGCCGAAGCAGGACCUGAAGAGGGCGGGUUCUCCGGGAUCUCUCGAGCUAAGGAAGGACAAGUUCAAGCGCAAGCCAAUGCAUCGUUACUCAUGGGACUUAGUGGACAACAGUCCUUUGGUCAUCCCAUGUCCAAUCAUCGUUCCUCUCCUCAUUCAACGGGCCAGAAGGCAGUACUACCUAGUCUCCAACAACCCAUCUUCCAAGGAAUCCAGUCGACGCCGUCGCCUCGCUCGCCCAUGGAUUCUGGGUUUUCACCGCAUCACGGCAGACACCCUUCCCGCGGUGGACACUCUACCAAUUCUACGGGAGGGUUUACCCCGCCGAAUGAAGAAGCGCAAAGCUUACUUGAUAAUUGGUGCAAUAGCGUUAUCAAUAGUAGCGGGUUCGGAGCGGAAGCGUCCGGGACAACCGAUUUUACCUCACCUUGGCUCAACGCUCCCACUCCGGCGCCGUAUGUAUUUACCAAUGCGCCGAGGACGGAUGGGAUGAUGGACGUUGAAGGAGGAGCACCAAUGACUAAUGGAUACGAGGAUUGGACGUAUUGGGAGGGGAUUGUGUCUGCUAUUGGUCGAGAUGGUGUCAACG